AUAAGAACAACAGUACAGGAUGCGCCUUGGGUUAGGGGGAUGUGAAAAGCCCUCAGUCCUUGUGCUCUUCCCUGUGCCAGAGCGUCUGCGUCCCAGCCCUCACUUCUCCUUGGAGCUCAGCUGCGCCUGCUGCUGUCACUGCAGGGCCACCAGCCUCCUGCCAAGAGGAACACAGGGCCAUGAUGGCCACCUCUGCUGGGCUGCCGCUGCUGCUGCCGCUGCUGCUGCUGCUGCUACUGCUGGGCCAGCCCCAGGCGGGGGCCGGCGCUCACAGGGAAGCCGUGGUGUGCGCGGGGAACGCCUGCUACACGGCCCACUGGGGCAGGCUGAGCGCUGCCGAGGCCCAGCUUCACUGCAGCAAGAACGGGGGCAACCUGGCCACGGUGAGGAGUGAGGAGGAGGCCUGGCACAUCCAGCAAGCUCUCACCCAACUCCUGGAGUCAGAGGUGACCAUGGCAGGUUGGGUGGGCAAGUUCUGGAUCGGGCUCCAGCGCGAGAAGGGCAAGUGCUUAGACCCCAGCUUGCCGCUGAAAGGCUUCAGCUGGGUGGGCGGCGGGGAGGACACGCUUUACACCAACUGGAACAAGGAGGUCAGGAGCUCUUGUAUCUCCAGGCGCUGCGUGUCCCUGCUGCUGUAUCUGUCCCAGCCGUCCCAAGCCAGCCAUCUGCCCAAGUGGUCUGAGAGCCCCUGCGGGAGCCCGACCUCUCCGGGAAGCAAAAUCGAGGGCUUCGUGUGCAAGUUCAGUUUCAAAGGCAUGUGCCAGCCUCUGGCUCUGGGGGGCCCAGGCUGGGUGAACUACACGACCCCGUUCAAUGCCACCAGCUCUUCCCUGGAGGCCGUGCCCUUCGCCUCUGCGGCUACUGUGGCCUGUGGGGCCAGGGAAGAUGGUCAGGAGCAUUACCUCAUGUGCAGGGAGAAGGCCCCUGAUGUGUUCGACUGGGGCAACUUGGGCCCCCUCUGUGUCAGCGCCCAGUAUGGCUGCAGCUUCAACAACGGGGGCUGCCAGCAGGACUGCUUUGAGGGGGGCAAUGGCUCCUUCCGCUGCGGCUGCCGUCCGGGCUUCCGGCUGCUCGAUGACCUGGUGACCUGUGCCUCCCGGAACCCUUGCAGCUCCAACCCAUGCGGAGGGCCAGCCACCUGUGAGCAGGGACCCCAUGGGAAGAGCUACACGUGCCACUGCCCCCAAGGCUACCAGCUGGACUCAAGUCAGCGGGACUGUCUGGACGUGGACGAGUGCCAGGAAUCCCCCUGCCCACAGGAGUGUGUCAACACCCCUGGGAGCUUCCGCUGUGAGUGCUGGGUGGGCUAUGAGCCCGGCGGCCCUGGGGAGGGGGUCUGUCAAGAUGUGGACGAGUGUGCGCCUGGCCGCUCGCCCUGCUCCCAGGAGUGCACCAACACCGACGGCUCCUUCUACUGCUCCUGUGAGAAGGGCUAUGUUCUGGCCGGUGAGGACAGCACCCAGUGCCAGGACGUGGACGAGUGUGCGGACAUGGAGAAUGGCCUUUGUGACAGCUUGUGCCUCAACACACAGGGGUCCUUCCGCUGCGGCUGCCUGCCGGGCUGGGAGCUGGGCCUGGACGGGGUCUCGUGCACCCCUGGCCCCACGUCCCUGGCACCACCUUCUGGGCCUCCCCAGGGGGAGGGUGCGGGAGAUAGAGAGGGGAAGCUUGUGUAUUCUGCCACAGUGUCCAGGCCCACCAGGGGCCCUGAGGGCACCUCCAAGGAGGCACCCACCACAAAGGGACCCUCCUUCCCACGCAAUGCCCCCAUCACCCUGGCCGCACCUGACGUGCUGGCUCCCAGUGGGCCCCCUGGUGUUUGGAUGGAGCCCAGCACCCAUCACGCCAUGGCCACCACUGGCAGAGUGGAGAAUACUGACGAGGAUUCCGUGGCCAAGCAAAGCGAUGAGGGCACCGAUGGGCAAAAGCUGCUGUUGUUCUAUAUCCUGGGCACCGUGGUGGCCAUCUUACUCUUACUGGCUCUGGCUCUGGGGCUGCUGGUCUAUCGCAAGCGGAGAGCAAAGAGGGAAGAGGAGAAGGAGAAAAAGCCCCAGAACGCGGCUGACAGCUACUCCUGGGCUCCAGAGCGAGCAGAGAGCAGGGCUUUGGAGAAUCAGUACAGUCCGACGCCAGGGACGGACUGCUGAAGGUGAGACGGCCCCAGAGACACUGACAAUUGGCCACCACCUCCCUCAGAGUUUACGCACCCCAUCAGAAGGGGGGACUCAUAUCCUUCCAAAAGACUGGACUGGAAUCUUAGCAAACAGUUGUAAACCUUCUUAAAAGCCUGGCCAUUUGGAAUAUAAAGGUAUUUUCUACAUGUGUGUGGUAUUCCUGAAGUGGAAGCAAUGGGUUGGGAUGUCAUUUGGGGAAUUUUGUGAUUAUUAACAAUUCUCACUCCCUUAUCUUGUCAAAUGCAAAUGUGACUAAUUUCAAGUCUCCCACUGAUUCUGGAUUAGGGGCUUACAAAUCAGGUGCUAACAGGGCUCCUUUUGAACUGCUUCUCUGCUCACUGGAAUCAUCUAAGAAGAAAAGGUGGCCUGCUAAUGCUAAUUAGGAUUGGAAUGAUUUGUUCCUCUUGGUAGAACAGAGACUAAGUCAGUUGUUUAAUUACAUAAGAAACUUUUUUUUUUCUUUUAGUCAAAAGGAACAUAUUCAGGACUGGAAACGUUUCUUAACAUUUGUGUUCAUGCAUUUUCUCAUCAUAAGCCCUGCUGAGCUUUAUAGUUGGAAUCCUGCAGAAUGACCAGAGUACGCUGAUCUGCUUAGGUAGCAAGGACGCUGGAAGUUUAGAAAUUGCAUUUCCUAGUUCUUAGUGUCUUUAAUGGUCUUGGAUUUAUUUGUAAGUGAAGUCUGGAAAGUGUGGGAGAAGUGUGAAGUGAGUCGAAAGUGUUUUUGAAAGCAAGUACUCCAAAGAGCUUGAGAGAGAAGCCCGGGGUUUGUUUCACAAAUACUUGAAUUAAUCCAUCUAAAUGCACUUGCGUUAACACAUACUAUUGAUAAGGUGAACGCACACAAGGAAAAAAGCUGGAGGUCUUGUCUCUGGGCUAGUGUAGCCCCGAGACACCUCCCAUGCCACCUGCCUUCUCUGCAUGCUGCUCUGAAUUUAAACGUUCUGACCGCAAAUGGACGAAGUCCUGAGAAGUCUCUCAUUCUGAUUCUUAAGGCUGUGUGACCGGGAUAAGAUGCUGAGUUUUAAAAGUUGGCAUCAUAAGGAAUUUUAACAUAGCUCACAGCUGUAUUGCUUCCUGAGAACAUGAUCCUGACUUGUGGCUGUAGCUUGCAAGUCAGGGACCACAGGGACCGGCAGUCAGUACACUGUCCCCAUUCUGUUUGAAGAACGUUUGUCACAUUUUUCUCUAUUUCUUAAAAAAGCGGGGGAGAUGGGAGGGAGAGAGAAAAAGAGAAUGGCUCAAAUCUUUUGCAACCACAAAAACCACUCAAAGCAGUUUUAAUUUAUUUUUAAAUGCUCCCUUGCAAAGGUUUUCCUUCCCUAUGUAGUGGUGGAGAGUACUGUCUCCCCACACAGUUCUGCCUGGGUCACUGGAAAGCAGCUCAGGGAUUCAUCAAUGGUCAGAGCUGUUAAAAAUUGCCUGACUAGCACCGGGAGACCUCAGGUCAUCUGCAGGCUUGUUGUGUCACCUUGUAGAACAGAAUGGGAGUGUGUUUCCUUCUAGGGAUUCCAAAAUCUGCCUCUGAGAACCAGCGUGUCCUAUUGUUUCUGGUUUUGUGUUAGAAACACAUCUGCCCCAGAGGCAGACACCUGGGGCAGGAAGAGCAGCCAGGUGCAUGGCCCUCAGAGUUGAGUAAAUAUCCUUCAGCUAAUUUUGAAACGCAAAUGCUAUAUUUUCGGGUCUUUUUGUUUUGUUUUGUUUUAAGAAAAUGGGUAACUGAUGGAAUGAGUGGGUGUAAGGAAAGAUAAAGGUUUUGGAGGACUUAGCAAGGUAUUUGGAACUUUUGCUUUUUAAAGACAUCUAAUAUUAUUUAGAUUUCAGUUUAAAUACUGAUGCUUAACACCCAAGGAGACAAAGGUUGUAUCCACUGGCCACAGGACCCUUGGUUGUCUGUUGUGUGGGAACCAACCAUGCCACUCUUCGGACGAUUUUAGAGUUGGCUGGAUGCAUUGCUGACAAUAUCCGCACUUACAUGAAAUAAAUGCAAAUUCAACAGUUUUUCCUCCAGACAUUUACAAUUCCAUCUUGUAACUAGAAGAAAGGAGGCAUCCCUAUUCUAGGCUUCCCCUAAGCCCCUCUGGGGAUCUGUGGGACCUUGUAUUGGCUGAGGUCCCAAAUGUGCCCUCUCAUUUUUAGAGUCUGAUGUCUUCUGCAGUGCAGCCCCGAUUCUGGCUUCUGUGUUCGAAUCUCUCCGUGGAUAAGAAGCCCUAUCCCUGACAGCAUGAAGACCGCAGAUCCCCACCAUGAAACAUGCAAGGGGAGAAAUGGUCUGGUAAAUAAUUUCCCAAUGUCCCCUCCAGCAGAAUCUGCCCCUUUCUGGGUAGAUGAGCCCUACCUUGUUUCCCAGCCGCUCCGACCAGCGGCCAAGAUCUCAGAACUGGAUGACUUUAGGCAGUGAAUUUGAUGAAAACCACUGGCUUCAAACAGAUGCUGUUCUCCUAUUUGAUAUCUCUGUCAUUUUGUCUGGGGGAUGGGAAUCUCUGUUUGGGGAGAUGGGGGCCCACAGCUGUGGAUAAACAAAUGCUCACUGUCCGUGUGGCCAUUAACUAAACGCCCAUUGGCCAACAGUACUUUUAUCCAGAAGCUCCCCAUGUGCCUCGUCCAUGACAUAGUCUGAGAAAUGGAAGAGGUGGAGCAUGGGAGAGGUAGGCUCUGCCAUGUACAGACUCCUCCAGCUGUGUCCCUGAGCUGGGCAGGGGAAGACCGGGCACUGUUCUGUCCGUGAGCUGCCAAGCAGCAGAAUGGCCAGGGCAACGGGGAAAGGGUGACAGCUUCACUUGGCAACAAUCUCAAAGACAAUGGAGACUUGUGUCCAAAUAGAAUUUCCCAUAUUCAAUAAUUCUAGGAUGCUCCUGGAAAAACUAUAUUCAGAACAAACCCACCCCGUCCCCUCUCCCUGUCUCCCACGGCAGAUCAUGUAAGGGGAGGAUGUCUCCUAAAACAUGCAGCCCACUAUGCUCCUUCCUGAAUUCAAGGAUGCUCCCUGCUCUUUCUUAUUCACUUGCACGCGUGAUGCAGGACAAGCCCCACCUCGGCAUCUGAGGAGUGUAUAAAGCAAAGGUGGGGCAGUUAUCUGAAAAUGCCUUGGAAGUGGUGGACCCGGUGGGGCCUUUAGUAGGGUGAACCCACCUCUGCUCAGUAUUGUGACCUCGAGGCUGGUGUCCCUAUGGUUCACCCACAUGCCUGAUUAUCAUAAUCAUGACAUCUGGUGCUACAUACCUGCGUGGUGUUUUCCCAGCAGCAUAAAGUGGGUGACUCAAGUGGGUUCUUGAGGGAUGCAGGCUGACAUCCUCCUUGUGAUUAGGCAAAAAGGUGGAAUAAAAAGUUAAACAUGUAUGUGAGCGUGUUUAUGUACAUGGUACAGGAAGAACUAAGUUGGAAAUCAGUCUCUCUCCAUGAAACACACACGUGCGUGUUGCUGUUUUUACCUUCCAAUCAGGAGCCCCAGUUUGAACACAUCCUGAUGGGACCUGGAGUUUUACCACAGAACGACCUUUGGAGAAUACGGAUGUGAUCAUUAACUAAUUUUAUCCAACCCUCUCUCUCAUAAAUAUUCCUGUGAAAACUAAGAGAACAGAGGGGAGAUUUGACCCAAAAAAAGUACUAAUUCAAAAUAAUGCAGAUUUUAAAAGCAAAUAUAGGACAGCCUUUUCCUAUUAUUUUUCUCCUUAGCUUCUCCAUUGUCUGAAUCAGGAAAACAGGAAAGCAUGGCUUUCUAGCAGCUGCAAAAUGGUGUAAUGUCCCCUCCAUAUUUCCAUCACCUUGAACAAUAGAUUUAGCAUGGGAAUCUGAGAUAUGAUCCCUGAAAACAUCUGUCCCUGUCUGGCUGCAAAACCUAUUGCUCAUGUCUGUGUGGUUUGUGGCAUUUGUUCACACACACACACACACACACACACACACAA